GAGUGUGUGUGUGUGUGGGAGUGUCUUGAGUCUGGUAGUGUGCGUGUCUAAGUGUGGGAGUGUGUGUGUUUGUGAACAAGGUGUGUUUCUCUCUGAAGCCACUCGUGAGAACAGAAUGAAUGGUGUCUGCAUAACAACUACAUCAGGUCUAGCAUCUACCAACCCGGCAGCAGUACGUGGGUCCUACAGCUAACGACUUUUAAGGUUAAUGAUGGUCCGUGUGUUCCUGAUAGAGCCAGUGGUUGGUGUCUAUGCCUUCUCCAUGUUCAUGCUGUACCCCCUGAUCCAGCAGUAUGUCUACAGGAGGCUGUGGCAGCAGCUCACCGGUGCCCCCUACCCUACACAGAUGAACUACACCCACUGCUCUGACAGCAGCACCAACGUCAGCUCCAUUCACCAGGAGAUCCAGAAGGAGGCGUCUCUGUUUCUCUUCUACAGUGAGCUGUGUUUCCUUUUCCCUAGUCUCCUCUCCUCCCUACUCCUGGUCUCCUACAGCGACCACCGUGGCAGGAAGGUAGCUCUAGUGCCCCCACUGGUGGGCGAGCUGUUAUUUGCUCUGUGCUAUGCAACCGUGUCUCACCUCUCCCUCAGCCUGGGUUACCUGCUAGGGGCCUCUUUCCUGGCUGGGGUAAUGGGGGGGCCCACUGCUCUACUGGGGGGAGUUUUGCCUAUAUAG